ACUGUGAACUGUUACCUCAUAGACAAUAAUGGGUUUAUUCUGGUGUCUGAAGACUACACACAGACUGGAGACUUUUUUGGUGAGGUGGAGGGAGCUGUGAUGAACAAACUGUUAACAAUGGGCUCCUUUAAAAGAAUUACCCUUUAUGACUAUCAAGCCAUGUGCAGGGCCAACAAGGACAGCAGUGACGGCGCCAGAGGGCUAUUGGAUCCUUAUAAUGCCUUCCUUGCUGCAGUAAAAUGGAUAAUGACAGAACUUGUCUUGUUCCUGGUGGAAUUUAACCUCUGCAGUUGGUGGCACUCAGAUAUGACAGCUAAAGCCCAGAAAUUGAAACAGACCCUGGAACCUUGUGAUACUGAAUAUCCAGCAUUUGUCUCUGAGCGCACCAUCAAGGAAACCUCAGGGAACAUUGCUUGUGAAGACUGCUCCAAGUCCUUUGUCAUCCAGCAAAUUCCAAGCAGCAAUCUGUUCAUGGUGGUGGUGGACAGCAGCUGCCUGUGUGAGUCUGUGACCCCCAUUACCAUGGCGCCCAUUGAAAUCAGGUAUAACGAAUCCCUUAAGUGUGAACGUUUAAAGGCCCAGAAGAUCAGAAGGCGUCCGGAGUCUUGUCAUGGCUUCCAUCCUGAGGAGAAUGCAAGGGAGUGUGGAGGUGCGCCCAGUCUGCAGGCCAAGAUGGUCCUUAUCCUCUUCCCACUGCUCUUGAUGCUCUUCUCAAGGUGACACUGACUGAGAUGUUCUCUUGGCAUGCUAAAUUAUGGAUAAACUGUGAACCAAAAUAUGGUGCGACAUAGGAGACAUGAAAUGUAGUCCAACCAUCAGCAUCUCAUGAUUUUAAACUGUGCGUGAUAUAAACUCUUAAAGAUAUGUUGACAAAAAAAGUUAUCUUUUUACUUUGCCAGUCAUGCAAAUGUGAGUUUGCUACAUGAUAAUCACCCUUCAUCAGAAAUGGGACUGCGAGUGGGCAGUGUCCCUUCUGCUUGAAACCCAUUGAAACCAAUUUAAAACUGUGUACUUUUUAAAUAAAGUAUAUUAAAAUCAUCA